AAAAUAUUAUCAAGUGUUUGGCUUAGCGUAGAAAGUGAUAAUUCCUUACUUGUUUAAAUCGCCUAGUAUAUUGUUCCCUGUGGGAUCGACCCCGACUCAUAAUUGGGUAAAUUAUAUUGCAUACGACCGUGUACACUUUCUCUUUGAGGAGUGGAUUUGGACGUUAUCAUACUCUAUCAUUAAUUAAUGGGGAGAGGAAGGGUUUCUUUUCCUCAACAAGGGGUCUUAAACAGGGAGACCCCCUUUCUCCCUCUCUUUUUAUAUUAGCCGCUGAAUUACUUAUUAAACUUCUCAGCAAGUUACAUAAUAAGGACAUGUAUGUAGGAUACAACAAAUAUUCAAAUGGUCCAAGAAUCAGCCACUUGGCUUAUGCGGAUGAUGUCAUUCUCUUCACAUCUUGGGACAAUUAUUCCCUCAAGAAACUAUUAAAACAAUUGAGGAACUAUGAAGAGGUGACAGGGCAAAAGAUCAACAAUGGUAAGAGUAUGUUCUUAACAACAGAUCAUACAUUUGAAGGUACACACAGAAGAAUCACCAGAAUGACAUGUUUUCAACUUGGUAGUUUUCCCUUUAAUUAUCUUGAUUGUCCUAUUUAUACUGGAAAAGAAUUUCUUAUUUUGAUGAGAUUUCCUCAAAAAUACUUAGAAGAAAUGAUGGAUGGCAAGGAAACUUUCUAUCUCAUGGAGGUAAAGCUAUUAUCAUUCAGCAGGUUUUGCAAUCACAAACUUUGCAUCUUUUGGUAUGCCUUAUCCCCACCAAAAACUGUUUUGAAACAAAUUGAGAAAUAUCUUGCUAACUUUUUCUGGGGUCAAAAUGAAGGGAAAAACAAGUACCAUUGGAGUCAUUGGCAUAACCUUUGUUACCCUAAAGAGGAAAAAGGUUUGGGAUUCAAAGCUUUGAAAGAUAUUCAAAAUUCUUUUAUUUUGAAAAGGUGGUGGAGAUUUAGGAUCCAAAAAAGUCUUUGAGAUGAUUACUUAAAAUCUAAGUAUUGCAUUAGAACUAACUUUGUUUCUAGAUGUUGGAGCUCUGGUCAAUCACAAUGCUGGAAAGAACUUCUUAAUUGCAGAGAUAUUGUUGAGCCUCAUAUGUUUUGGAAAAUAAACUCUGUUCUUCUUUGUUUUGAUGGGACAACUGGACUGUAUGGGCCCUCUUGCUAAAUUAUUAGAACCAGGUCCAAAGCCAGGUAACACCCUUGUUAGAGAGUUCAUCAUUGACUGAAGCUGGAAUUCUCGUAAGCUUGAGGCUACUGUCCCUCCCAACCUUCGGUGUCUUAUUGAAAACAUUCGUAUUGCUGAGGUGAAUUCCCCAGACACUUUUAUCUGGACUAUCAACAAUGAUGGAAAAUUUAUCACUGCUUCUGCCUGGGAGCUUACCAGAGAAAGGAAAAACAAAAAUGAUAUUAUAGAAACCUCUGGCAGAAAGAGAUUGCUUUCAAAGUAGCCUUUCUUAAUUGGAGACUGCUUAAAAAGAAGCUUCCUUUUGAUGAUAUGUUGGUCAAAUUUGGGCAACAAGCUGUCUCCAGAUGCAAUUUUUGCAAUAAUCCUCAGUCUGAGACAAUGUACUAUGUUUUUGUGGAAGGGGACAAAGCUAAAAGAGUUUAGAAUUUCUUUGAUAAUCCUUUUGCUAUUAAAAUGCAUAAAGAUACUAUCAUACAAGUAUUAUGGAGUUGGUGGGCCUCUGGUAACUCUAAUUCUUUACAAAAGUUCCAAUGCAACACUGUCCCAAUAUAUAUAAAUUGGGAGUUAUGUAAGAGAAGGGAGGAUAGUAGGUAUGGCCAACAGUUCUAGUCUAUCAAUAAAUUUGUUAAUCAGGUGCUUUUUCAAAUCAAAAUCUUGUAUAAACGCUUUACACAAUUAACCUUCACUUGUCUUGGAAAGAUAUGUGCUUGCAGGUAACUACUCAACUCCUAUUAUUAGCUUUCCAGUUUGGAAGAGGCCACAACAACAACAAUUCAAAAUCAACACUGAUGGCACCUCCAUGAGUGAUAUGAAGAAAACUGGAGCAAGGAGGCAUUAUCAAAAUAGAUGAUGAAGAGAUGGUGCUAGCUUACUCUGAAUCCCUUGAAUUCUGCAGCAAUAAUGCAGCAGAAAUCAAGGCUGCUCUACUUGGGUUUCACUAUUUCUCAAGCGUGGGAUGGAAUAACAUCAUACUUGAGAUGGACUUUAAGCUGAUGAUGGACAUGAUCAAAGGAAUUAACAAUCCAUCAGGGAGAUCCCAACAGAUGAUAACACAGAUUCAAGACUAGCUUUGCAAACUAGAAGGAUCUGUACAACACUGUUACAGAAAAGCUAACUCUGUAGCAAAUAUCAUAUCAAAACAAGGCUCUGUGUAUGGUCUGAAUAGUGUGUUUCAAGACCGUCAAAAUCUACCUAAGACUGCGGUUGGUGCUUAUAGAUUGGACAAGUAUGGCAUGACCAAUUUCAGGAUUAGGAAAAAGAAAGUAGGCAUUGGCUAACUUGUAUAGAACAAAUGGUGAAUAUGUUAAAUAUAAGCAGAUUCAACAUUUGUUCUAAAUUAGUUUUUGAGAGCUUAUAGUAUAGAGAGGAAACCCCUCUGACUGUGCAAGGAUGGUUUUGUCAUUCUUUGCAGGAUGAUUAUCAUGUAACUGUCCCCUUUUUGAGAAUUCUGUUUAUAAUAAAUCAUAAAUUUAGUUUUUUUUUUUUUUAAAAAAAAAAAAAACUCCAACUUCAAAAUUCCAAAUAAAGUGAAAAAUAUUUAGUUUUCAUGGCCAACACCUACAAAGUGUUUGGAAAGUAUUUAAGAGGAAAUCAUCAAUAACAAUUGGAAUUUCCAAAAAUUGUACAAUACAGUUCCUGCUCAGGUGGCACUUCACAUAAGUACUACCCCUUUAGAAAAUGGUGAGAUGAAGGAUUAUGCAAUAUGGAAAAACUCAGAAGAUGGGCAAUAUACCAAUAAGAGUGCAUGGAACAUUGUCAGAAAUCACAUAACAAAGAACUUCAACCUCAGUCACAUUUGGCACAGUUCAGUCCCUUUCAAAUUUUCCUUUAUUUGUUGGAGAUUGUACUUUGGCAAGCUACCUUUCAAUGAUGUAAAGGCAAAGUU